GACCCGCCUCCGACCGCCUCCCGACUCUAGGGCUUUUUAAGGCCAGUCCUCUCCGCAGCCAUCCCCGGCGGGGAAAACGUAGCGCGCAUGCGGCGCCGGGCACCCUCCAGAUAGUCUCAGCAGAAGCGUGGUUAGACAAAAUGGCCCUGGUGCCCUAUGAGGAGACCAGGGGAAUGGGGCUCCAGAAAUUCCACCAGCCUCUUGCCACUUUCUCCUUUGCAAACCACACGAUCCAAAUCCGGCAGGACUGGAGGCAGCUUGGAGUCGCAGCAGUUGUUUGGGAUGCGGCUGUUGUCCUUUCCACGUUUCUGGAGAUGGGUGCUGUGGAGCUCAGGGACUGCUCUGCCGUGGAGCUGGGUGCUGGCACAGGGCUGGUGGGCAUAGUAGCUGCCCUGCUGGGUGCUCACGUGACUAUCACCGAUCGAAAAGUAGCACUAGAAUUUCUUAAAUCCAAUGUUCAAGCCAACUUACCUCCCCAUAUCCAACCCAAAGCUGUUGUUAAGGAGCUGACUUGGGGACACAAUUUGGGGAAUUUUUCACCUGGAGAAUUUGACCUGAUACUUGGAGCUGACAUCAUAUAUUUAGAAGAGACAUUCACAGAUCUUCUUCAAACACUGGAACAUCUCUCUAGCAACCACUCAGUGAUACUUUUAGCUUGUCGAAUUCGCUAUGAACGAGAUAACAACUUCUUAGCGAUGCUGGAGAAGCGAUUUACUGUGAGUAAGGCUCACUAUGAUCCUGAAAAAGAUGUACAUAUUUACAAAGCACAGAAAAGAAACCCAAAGGAUGACUUAUAGUUGGCUACGCUUAUAAGAAUAUUGUCAUUGAGUGUGUCAGUUAAGGUCUUAGACUGGGAAUCUAACCAUACUUAAAUGAAACGGUUGUUGUACACAUCUCUCUAACCAAAGGUUGUCAAGGGACAAAGCACAUAAGCAGUGCUUUGUUCUAUUGCUGUGAUUUUAGUCCUAUCUUACUCUGAAAUUCCAUCAACAUUAAAGGAAAGUGUGAGAUUGUCAUUUAUGCUGUUUCUGUCUCCUGCAUUGAUCCCUCUUGGUGAAGGGCUGGUAUAAAGGUGACUUUAAACCAGCUGAGUUGUUUUUGGCAAGGUUAAAUCAUGUAGCUUAUUUUAAACAUAUUCGGAGAUACAUAAUGUUUAUUCCAGUUUCAUAAUUUUUUGAGGUUUAACAUACAUUCCCUGGACUAUUGUUGCUGUUGAAAUCUUGUCCAUUUAGAUUCUAAGCACUUUUUUGGCUGAAUUAAGUUGUGAGUUUUCUGUGUGGUCUCAUAUCUUGCUUUUUAGUUUAGUUUCAGGCUUAGGUAUGUAAACAAAGGAAUAAGUAAAAAUAAAAUCUUAUUUAUUUUUUGGAAGUACCUGAAGUCUUGAAAGAUUUGGAGAAGUUGUGUUCUCCAAAUUGAAAGCUGUGGUUCCCCUUCAGCUUUGCCAUUUCUCGUGCUUUUGUUUAUUUAUUUCCUAAGCUUUCCCUUUUCCUUGUGCUCUUACAAUGCAUAGGAUGAAAGUUUAAAAGAAAAAAAAGUUUUAAAUCUCAUCCCUCCACAAGAAGGUAGCUUCUGUCCUGUACUUGCAAUUGCUCAUUCAAUGUCAGUAUUCCCCAAAAGGUGAUAGCUUCUGGAGGGUCAGAAAUAUUUCUGCUUCUUUCAUUGUUGCUUCCUCAGUAUCUAGUAUUAAGAGUAUUGAUCUUUGGAUUAUGUGUUUGCUACAUUUGUUUUAUGAUUAUCUUUGAUAGACUUUGUGGAUGAAGUCACCAUACAUGAACUUUUGGCUUAAACAAAUUUAGACCACAAGACUAUUAUAAUCUCAAUAUGGUAUUUGGCACCAGAGGUAAAUUCAUUUUACAAAAUAUUAUCAAUCAGACCUCCUUUUUAACCUUUUGAAGAAUAUUUGGAUAUGAAAAAUACCCAAGAAUAUAUUAGUAUCUACAUAUAUUUAAAAUAAAGAUUUUUGCUUUAA